UUACUAUCAGAAAAGAAAUUUUAAUUCCGUGUUUUCUAUGUCUACUCUUUCUGUGUAUUCAUGUUGUGUGAAGUAAAUUUUUGCUUUCCUUUUAUGUUACUUUACGUAGGUUGCUAAUGAAGUUCUGUAAACUCCUGGAUUUUUUUAAUGAAAAGUUAAAUUAGCCUGUUUCAUUUGUUCUUCAACUCUGUCGUUUAUGGAUCUUAUCUAUCUACACGAAAAUCUCAAUUAUAGCAAUUUUCAAAUAAUAAAUAUCAACAUAACAUUUGAUGUAAAGGAAUAGGAUUAGUUAGAACGGUGAAGUUUUCGAAUGGAAACAUAUUCAGCAGUUGCCAAAACAUAGAUGUUAGAAUCAUGCAGUUUUUACAUCCAGCUAUUCCUCAAAAUGCUAAAAAUUGACUGCAGUUGUCCUAAUAUUAUGAUGUUAACAAAACCUUCCUUUAAAGUUUUGAUUUUCCCCGCAAACCGAUGAAAAGUCAGUUGAAAACUGUUGACUAUUCAAGGGUAUUGACUGAAUCGCCGAGCAUGCCGGACAAGCCCGGCAAGCCCAUUGUGAGAAAAUGGCAAGUGUUCCCUGGGAGGAACAAAUUUUACUGCGGUGGACGUAUAAUUAUGGCACGACAGAGAGGCAUAUUCUUUUUCACUGUAUGCCUUAUAGUUGGAACAUGCACACUGUUUUUUGUGUUUGACUGUCAGUACCUGACUAGAGAAAUAAGUCCCGCAAUACCUGCAGUUGCAGCUGUGCUUUGCUUGUUUGUGAUGUCGUCUUUGUUUCGUACUAGUUUUAGUGAUCCUGGUAUUAUACCCAGAGCUACACAAGAUGAAGCUGCAGACACAGAAAAACAAAUAGAGGUUCCAAAUGGAUCGAGCUCACCUACAUAUAGACCUCCCCCUCGUACAAAAGAAAUAGUUAUCCAUGGCCAGACUGUAAAGCUUAAGUAUUGCUUUACAUGUAAAAUUUUUCGUCCUCCCAGAGCAUCACAUUGCAGUUUAUGUGAUAAUUGUGUUGAGCGAUUCGAUCAUCAUUGCCCCUGGGUAGGAAACUGUGUGGGCAAAAGAAAUUAUCGCUACUUCUAUUUAUUUAUAUUAUCUCUUGCUCUCCUAUGUGUCUUCAUAUUUGCAUGUGUCAUAACUCAUCUUGUGCUUUUGUCUAGAAAAGGCACGUUCAUUGAUGCAGUCCGCCAAUCACCUGCCAGUGUUGUUGAAGGCAUAGUGUGUUUCUUCUCAGUGUGGUCUAUUCUUGGACUCGCUGGAUUCCACACUUACCUUACAACUUCCAACCAAACCACAAAUGAAGAUAUUAAAGGUUCAUUUUCAACAAAACGUGGACAAGACGUUAUAAAUCCAUAUAAUACUGGAUCAUUUAUUUCAAAUUGCUGUUCUGUUGUGUGUGGACCAGACUUUCCAAGCUUAAUUGAUAGACGUGGUAUAUGCAAAGAAGAAAGCCAAUUGAACCAGAGAUAUCAUUAUGGAACAGUCAAAGGAGCCCAAACAAAACAGAACAUUGUUUCAUCUGCACCUACUCCUGUUGUUACCAGUGAGCAAAAGUCCACUCAGAAUGUUGCUGCAAAUACUUAUGGCCCUAAAAGCUCUGUUCAUUCAACCAAUGGUAGCUAUCGAGGUAUGAUCAGGGAAAGUUCCUACCAGAAUGCUGGUCCUCAUGGGAACAAUGGUAAUAAAGUCCCUGUAGCUGUAGUCUCCCCUCAAACACGGCAUGAAACUGAGCUUUGUGCCAAAACGACUGUUUUGAUUUCUUCGCCGAAAGAUGACCAAGAACCACAGGAUGCUGGAAGCCAACUUUCUCUUCUUAAACAAAGUGCUGUGUAAUGUUGUUUUUAGAGUAAAAUUUUCAUCAAUUAUUUCAUUAGUGACAUUGAAAAACAUCAUGUUUCAUAUUAAAAGGUUGUAUCUUUUAUAGAAAGCAUUUUCUUUCCCUUUUUUUUUGUCUCUUCGUGAAGUUUCAUUGUGUAUUAAAAAAAAAAUAAUAGAAGCACGAAACAAAAAAAAAAAGGAUAUAGUUCAGUGCAAUAUGUUUUUGUGAUCUGCUUUUCACACUUGGUGCUUUUACAUGCGGUGAUUGUCUUGGAUUUAUAAAUCAAGACUUUUUUUUUUUUUAGUUUAUAUGAAAUAUGAUGUAAAACUUCCUGAGAUUUUGAAUGAUGCAAUUGUUUUUUCAGCUUCAUCUGCUAUCCCGAGUGACAUAAGACACUUUCUUUUUUAAAAAAAAUUUGAUUAUUUUUGUGGUUUUUGAAAAUAUUUUGAUAUUUAUGUGUGUUGAUAUUUUGUUACGUAUUUCAAAAAUAAAACCAUUAUGAAAUCAGAUAAAAAUCUUGAGAAAAAAAUGUAUGCAAGAUGUAUUUAAUCAUAAAUCUAUAUAUUACAAUUGUAUUCAAUCUUUUUUACGCAUCAAAAAGGUAAAAAAAAUUUAUUAUUUCAAUAAUCAGAACAUUGAUGACUUCUUAUAAGGGUCAAGACUAUAAUCUUGCCUUUUUAUUUUUUUCCCCUUGAUAUCUUAUAAAUUUUAUUGUAUAUUAUUGAGAUUUGUCUUCUAAGAAAAAAUUGGAGCACAAUCUAAUGUUUAUAUUAUAAUUUUUAUUCAUGUACAAAUUAUAAAAUAUAUUUAUUUUUAAUCUAAUACUAAUUAUAGCAAACACAUCUCUCAAUUGACAUGACUCGAUGUCUUGAGCUCUGGUCUAUUUUGAAACCAAAAUAUCUUGUAUGGUGAUUAAUAGUGUAUAUAUAUGCAUUUAUGAAGAUUCUUACAUCUAAUGUAUUUUUUAUUGCAGAAUGGGUUUAAAUUUUGCAUUUUUCCAUUGCUAUGUGCCAUUUUGUCAUCUUGCAUCACUUUACUAUUGUCUUCUCUGGUUUUUUUUCAAAUGGUGAAUAAAGUAAUUAAAAUUACAUAGCAGAGAAGUAAUGUAUAGAGAGAUUUCAGCUGAUACUGAUUCAAGCUGUUAAUUUAUUUUGUACAUAGAAUUUUUUAUAAAAAAAAAUCAAGCUCACAAUAUUCUGCUUUCUGUACUUAUUUAACUUCAGUAUUAUUUAAUAAUUUCAAUGUUAUUUAAUUAUUUAGUAUUCAUUUAAGUCCUGACGAUGAUUAUCAAAGCUGAAAUUUAUCUUUAGUGUAAUAUAUAUUUGAAUUUAUUUUUCUUUUGAUAUUCUUUAGCUUCUGAUGUAAUUUUUU